UGCGGAACCCGAAUCGGCCCGUCGCGAGUCCGAAAGGGUGACUGGCUCCGGGCAGGCGACCCCGAAGCCUUGGCCGCGGCUCCAGAUGUUCAUCUGAUCCGUCGAAGCUUGGGCAGCGCAAAAGCUUUCUGCACAAGUCGCCGGGUCGGACUGCUGGGCUCCCGCCAUGGCGCUGCUGAUGGAGUACGAGUUCCGGUCGCUGCCGGCCGAUAAGCAGAUCGACACGGAGCCCUUCCUGGAAGCCGUGACGCACCUGCCGCCCUUCUUCGACUGCCUGGGCACCCCACUUGUCUAUGCCCCAGUGAAGGCGGAUCUCUCCGGGAACAUUAAGAAAAUACGGGCGGUUUACGAAACAAACCCAGCCAAGUUCAAAACCCUUCAGAACAUCUUAGAAGCAGAGAAAGAAAUGUACGGGCCGGCGUGGCCAAAGGUGGGGGCCACCUUGGCCCUCAUGUGGCUGAAGAGGGGUCUCAAGUUCAUCCAGGUCUUGCUGCAGAGCCUUUGCGAUGGCGAGCAGGAUAAGGACAACCCCAACCUGAUCCGCGUGAACGCCACCAAAGCCUACGAGGUGGCCCUGAGGAAGUACCACGGCUGGAUGCUGCAGAAGCUUUUCCUGGGCUCCGUCUACGCUCUGCCCUACAAGUCAGACCUGCUGAAGGCCCUGGAGAAAGGCCAGGACGUCAAGCAGGAAGAGACCUUUGACAAGAUCCACCAGUUCUUGUCCAAAGCAACACCCAUCCUCGACACCAUCUAUGAGAUGUACACAAAAAUGAACGCGGAGCUGAAUUACAAGGCUUGACCAGGCCCUCCCCUCCUUUGCCAGCCUGGGCCGGCCCCUUUGCCUCCCCUCCCUCCCCUCUGAAGCCCAGCAGGUGCCUUCCAGCCUCUCCGGGUCACUCUGCAGCCCGUCUGGGAGGCCCAGGGGGGGCAGAGGCGUGUCUCCUCCCUGGCCCAGGCGGAGGGACCCCCCCUGAUGCUCUUUUGCUGCCUUCCUCUAGUGGCCUUUCUACUUCUGGGGACAUAAAGGGGGGGGGGAAGCCCGGCCCUGCUCACUUUGGCUGCCUGCCAGGGAGAGCCUGUCUUCCUCUGAGUUUUGGAUCGCGCACAAGAGACGCCCUUUGUGCCUAGGACCGGCUAGUGCACAAACGUGCCACCAGGAGGGCGUGUAACGCAGGAAAGCCUCGCCUCUCGGGGGUGCUUCACCCCUCGGGAGGCGGCUUUCUGGCCGUGGGGCCACAGUGGGCUUCCCUUGCCUUCUUCUGGGUGGCUUUUAACUUCUCCUCUGACGUCCCGGCUGAUUUCUGGGGAGUGAAACCAGCCAACCCAGAGCGGCUGGACUUCCGUGACUUUUCCGAGCGACUCUUGGGGUGAACAUCCACGAGGCGUCUUUGCACAACGGAUUUCUUCAGGGAACUGACUCUGCCUUAACACUUGCUAUCAUUUUCCAGGGCAUAAAAACUAUGCCAAGCCUUAAUGGUGUUACUACUGCUUGAUGCCUUCUCUGGGUGGUUUUAAGAAAUCCAACAGUUGAAUUAAAAUUUAAUGAGAGA